CACCAUAUUUACCCUAGCUACACCUUAGUAACCAUAUCUACAUUAUCUAUCUAUUUUUGCAUUUUCAUGCACUGGUAAUUCCUUGGAAUUGCAUUUCUAGUUAUUCUUCUUCUAACGCAUUUUGUGCGUGCAAUUCAGGUCAGGUGACUUCAGCUAUGUAUUUUUCAACUUUGUAACUUUAAUACUUUUUGAACUAUUAAAUAAAAACUAUCCACAAGUUUCCUGGGGUGGUUGCUGGGGAAACGUUUGUGGGCGAAACUUCCGGUAGAGUGUUGCCGCCGCCCGCACCUGAAGACUCAGCUGUGUUUUUAGCUGAUCAGCUGGCAGGCUAUUCACAUUGCUGCUGUUGCUAGAUAUACUAUUAUGGCUUUAAAAAAGCUCGGGAACAACGUGUGCCGUUCGCAGAUGUACUUACAACCGGACAAAACUAAAUAAUUGGUUGAAAUCGGAGUGUUUUGACCAUAAGCCAAAAAAAGAAAAAAGAGUGUUCGUGCCCGAAAUGGUACUGCUUCCAUCCACUGCCCAAUGACGACGACGAAGCUAAACGAAAUUGGCUGAGAAACCUAAACUUAAAACAUCCUCCGAAAUAUUGCUAUGUCUGUUCGUUUCACUUUGUGGACAAAACCCCAACAGAAGAAAACCCUUACCCAACCCUUUAUCUGGGUUAUGAGAAGCCACCCGAGAAGAAACGCAGAAGAGUUGUCAGGAUCGUUGACAGCGAAGUUGCAACAACAGACCAAGAUGAUGUUAUGGAUUUUGAGCAGCCUCAGACCUUCAAGGAUGCCCAAACACAGUGGAUGGACCCAGCUGUGGAGGACCAUACCUACUCUAAAGGAUCCAUCAUCACAUGUGACAUGCCCAUCACACCUGCCCCUGCCCCUCUGUCCAUUGCAGAUGUUACAUUGAAAGGCCAGUCUCCCUUUGAAUGCUCCUUGGGCUACCAGCCGCCGCUGUUCCCGGACCAGGAGAGAGAGGUUGGUGUCCCUCCUGCUGAGGCCUUCAUCCGUCGAUGUCACCGGACAUGGAGACGCACACGCUCAGCCCUUCUUCGCUCCUCUGCCAGCAUGAAGAUCCAGGCUGACAAACAUCGUUCCCGACCUCCCCCGUAUCGUCAGGGACAACGCGUGUGGCUUUCGACUCGAGACCUGCCCCUCAAGACUGAGUCCUAUAAACUUUCCCCCCGUUUUGUUGGGCCCUUCCCCAUUGACAAGGUCAUCAGCCCAACUGCAGUCCGUCUCAAGCUCCCUGCCCCCUUGCGCCGCAUUCACCCCACCUUUCAUGUCUCUAGGGUUAAGCCAUUCAUCUGCAGCCCCCUGCACCCUGCCCCUAGGCCUCCCCCUCCCCCUAGGCUCAUCGACGGCUCUGAGGCAUACACGGUGCAGCGGCUAUUGGAUGUUCGGCGUCGGGGCCGUGGGGUUCAGUACCUCGUGGACUGGGAGGGCUAUGGCCCGGAGGAGAGGUGCUGGAUCCCGGCUCGACACAUCUUGGACCCGACACUCCUCAGGGACUUCCAUCGCCAACAUCCCAUGCCGCCCAAAGGGACGCCGGGAGGCGCCCAUUAGAGGGGGGGUAUUGUUAGUAUUCAGCUCCCUUGCCUGUGGACUUUGCCCUGCUGGACCCUUGUUGUAUUGCAUGUCAUCUUUGUUUUGACUCCAUGUGCCUUUGUUGUGAGUUUUGAACUCCGCCCCUCGUUUGAGUCUCACCUGCUUUGCUCAUUAAUGUUAUUGAUUUCCCCUGUUCCUAGUUUGCUCCUCAUUCAAUUAGACCUCUUUUCUGUUAUUUAAGCUCAGUCUGUUUUAUGGUCUGUGUCAGAACGUAACCAGAAGCCUGAU